CAGCGAAGCCCGGCGUGCUUGGUAUCCGGAGAGGCAGCAGUGCGCGCUUUUAUCCAAGAAAACAAAACUGCCAUUUCCGAAAAGAAAAGAAACUGCUCGAGCGUUCUGGGGCUCGCAGGCGCGCAUCAUCAGAAGGGGCAGCUGAGAGAAAAGCCCGGGUGCUCCAAAUAGCAGACACCGCCCCCGAGCUCCGGCCCCGCCCCUCCGUCCCGCCCCGCCCCGUCCCGUCCCGCAGCUGUGGCCGGCACGCGACGCCCCCUCUAGGCCCGGCUCCCGCGCCCUAUUUGGUCUCUGCGGGUUAGGCAGCAGGAGGGAGGCGUGCGCGGCGGAAGGGGACGCGGAGCGGACUCGGGUGCGCGAAGGCUCCUCUCUCACUCGCGCAGCCGCUACCUCGGUUGCGAGCCCACGAGGCCUCCGCGUCUUGCCCUCGGAACAAUGGGACUCGGCUCGCGAGGUUUCUUGGCGGUGCUGGCUCUAGGGGCCGUGCUGGCGAUAGCGCUGCUGAAGAUUGUCGCCGACAGCACAGACUUGGAGGAAUCUGCAGACAAGAAGAAUUCUAUGUCUCUAAAAGGCAACGGUGCUGACCCAACAGCCCUGCAGGUGCCUUUAGGCCGUACAAAUGAAUCUUCUAACUUCACUGUGAAACUAUCAGCAACUCAAGUUUCCCCAGUCUCAAAGGUGACAACUACCACCUCGAAACCCAUAGCAAAAUCGUCAACAACUCCAGUUUCUUCAAAGAAUUCAACAACCCCCACUUUGAAAACCACAGCAAAACCAUCAACAACUCCUGUUUCCUCAGUCUCCAAGAAUGCAACAGCCACCACCUUGAAACCCAUAGCAACAACUAAAAUGACACCACAGGUCUCAACAAAUACGACUUCCACCACCAUAAGGUCUACACCCAAAAUAACAAGUGUUUCACAGAAUAUAUCCCAGAUGUCAACAUCCACAAUGAACACAACCCACAAUAGUUCGGUGACAUCUGUUUCUCCAUCAGUAACAAUCACAGCAACUAUUAAUUCUAAGGAAAAUAAAGGAUCAAAAUUUGAUACCGGCAGCUUUGUUGGUGGUAUUGUAUUAACACUGGGAGUUUUAUCUUUUCUUUACAUUGGCUGCAAAAUGUAUUAUUCAAGAAGAGGCAUUCGGUAUAGAACCAUUGACGAACAUGAUGCCAUCAUUUAAGGGACUCUAAGGACCAAAAGAAAGAAGAAAGAUUGAUGCAGCCCUAUCAUUCUCUUCUUGAAAAUAGCUAAACAGGCCAUGCAUAUAAUGUACAAUGUAUUAUAUAAGUAUGUAAAGAUUCCUUGUGAUUACUAAAGGUAAAAAGGGUUUGGUUUGGGUUUUUUAAUGAACAUAUAGAGCAUACCAGUUAAUUCAAUAGCUAUAAUAUUCAUUUUUGGAAAACAUAAUAAGACAAGUCCUGUCCAUUUUCUGUGGCAUUGGUUGCCUAGGGCCGGUAAUUGGAAGACAUUAUCACUGAAGGGCAUGAUGCCAUCUGGUCACACAAAUAAGGAGCUUGUCCAAACGCUUUUGAUGUCCUUUCUGCUAACACAAAGAACCUCAGUGCGAUUAAGAGCUGAAUGUAUCCUAAUUACCAAUGUCACGUAGCAGAAAUUAUAUGAACAAACCAAUAUGAAUAAACCAAGCCGUAAGUAUAAUUUUAGUUUAAGUGUCUCUACAGAGGCAUCGAUAAUACAUAUGUUUAAAGCUUAGUUAUUUGGUUUAGAAAUAAAAUUCAUACCCUCUCCCACCAAAGUAUAGAACUAGAAACAAUACCUGGGUUUAUCCUUGUUAGCCAUUGGUGAGCAUGUACUUUCAAUAACUUCUUUUGAGCUUUCAAUGGCUAUUGAUGUAAUUACCUUUUUUUCCCUCUAUAAUUUCAGUAAAAUGCGAUGUUUAACAUGAGAAUAUUUUAAAGACUUAGUUGUUUUAAAAAGUUAUUUGCUACUGUGAGAAUAUUGUCAGCACUGGAAGUUGCUUUAUUUCAUAUUCAGCUAUUGAUUUUAUAUUUAGUGAAUAUUUUAACAGACGUAGGACUGCUCUCAAUAUUUAGAAAUUAAAUAAUGUAAACACACCUAACUUUAAAAAAAAAAAAAAGAUCUUAGAUGAUAUCCAUCCAAAGCAUUAGAACUCUUUUCAGUCAGAAUGAUGGAUGACUGCUGUGUUUAUUAAGGCAGGGACUGUGGGACCACCCCACCUUAGGCUCCUGAACCUACAAGAUGAGCAUUUUUGAAAGUGCAUGGUUGAUAUUACUCAAGAUUGGGGAGACAGCAUUUUUAUAUUAAAAUACCACUAUAGUUGGAAUAAAUUCCUUCAGAGUUUUAAAAGAGGCGUUUUUAAGACAGGAAACAUCCUGCUUCUUUACUUCAGUCUCCUAGACCACUCCUCUUCCUCCUUUGCUGAUGAGAUGUAUUAUGUUAAUGGACAGGAAAAGCACAGUACUGUAGGGACAUCAAUACAGUCAGUGUAUUUUGGAGUGUUUUCAGUUUUACAGUUUAUAUUCCAGCACUCAGAACUCAGGGUCAAGUUUUGACAAAAGAGGUAUUUAGUUAUACUAUGUACUAAAAUAUUAUUUCUUCUAUCUUAGAUGGUCAAAGUAAAUCACACCAAUUUCUGACAGUCCAAAAAUGAGCUAAGAAGUCCUACUUAAUAUGUACCUGUAUUAAUAGGAAUUUAAUGUAACUUUUGUGAUCAGCUUUUGGUUUGCCAAGAAUCGAGAAUUCUGAUAUAAAAGGAUCAUUUCUACUCACUAUGCAUUAUGAUCAAAUGAUGUGAUGAAUAUGGAUAAAAAUUAAAUUACAUUAGUGUGAAAAGAGAUGUGGGCUGAUAGGUAAGUUGUAUGUUACUAACUUAGGACUAACUGGUCUUUUAACCAUUGCUUCAUUUCUAAGACAGGUUUUAUGGUAUUGGGGGCCUUUUAAACUUAUCUUCUGUAUUCUUAAUUUUCCAGUACUUCAAGUCAGAACUUUGUAGACAGACCUGAAAUUUUCUUGAAUACUUGUUUCUUUAGCACUUUGAAGAUAUUAAAAACCACUUUUUUUAGUACUAAAUAUCAUUAUUUGCCUUUAAAAUUUCCUGUGCUUUAGGUUUGAAGUGAUGUAGUUAUCUAGUUAGGGUUAGGGUUAGAGUUAGGUUAGGGUUAGUUGUCUUUUUUUCUGUGUAUAAGUUGUAUAAUUUGUUACUUUCUAAUAUCAGUACUUCAAUGCAAUUGGUUGAGUUUUGGGGAGGGGGGUUGUUUUUUUUUUUUUUUUCUGUUAUCUGCAAAAAUUGAGGGAAAUGAUACAAACCAGUAUUUCACUUUGGAACACAUUUCCUAAGCAUAAAUUUAUCUUCCUCAUGUUUAUUUCAGCAAAUAUUCAGUUUUAUUUGCCUUUUUUUGAGAAUGGUUUUACUUGAAGAUAAAUGCAAUCCAAAUAUACAUCUAAAUAUUAGGCAGAAUUCAGUCUAUGAUUUUAGAAUAUCCUUGGAUAAUCCAUAGAAUGGAUUAUUCAAAUACAGAUAAAUGAGGGUUGGCAGUAUAUUAGAGUGAUAGUUUUGUAUUUUUCAGAAAAAAUAAUGUAAAGCAAAUUCCUGUUACUUUGUUUUUCUUUUUAAUAUAAUGACCAACUUUGGGGAUUUCAUUGUUACUGAGAUCUAUUUUUAGAAUAUAAAUUUGUUCUUUUAGA